AAAUUUUUCGCUUCCUUUCUAUAGCCAUGCCAUUUCACUUCUACCUUGUCCCGAAGCACCUUGUCGAGGUUGGUGGUGAGGUAUAGCGUGGUACGUAACCCACCUCCAGCCACACCAAACACAUCCCCGCACGUCUCAGCACCCACCAGCACCCACCAGCACAACACGUCCAUCUGCACCAGCGGCAGAGAUAUCCGCCUGACUGGAACAGCCCACGUCAGAUGCACCUCCUGUCAUGGCAUCAGCAUCCGGCCUUGUGCAGCUGUGCCCUGUCCGCAUCGUCAUAAUGACGUAGCGCCCGUCACCCGGCCGCAGCUCCACACUCAUACUAUCAAUUAUCUACACGGAGCGCACCCAUCGCAAGCUUUUUCCACUCGAGCCAACAAUUCACUCUAUCUUGUAUUAGAACUCUAAUCAGCUACUCCAGAGAUGGCUUCCAUAUCCAUCAGCGCCCCGGGCGCCUCCGGCUUCCUUUACAACAAUGCCAACUUGGGCACGUCGCGCGUGUGCAUUACUGCCGAGACCCCGGAUUUCGAUACCCAGACGCUCCGGGCGUGGUCGGAUGAGGGGUUCGAUGUUGUGUAUGCGCCGUUUAAUAAUGGGGGGACGCAGUAUGAAGCGCGAUUGAAGUCGGUCAAGGAUGGGUUGGGGGUGGGGGAUAAUUAUGCGGUGAUUGCAUUCGGUGAUGCUGCGUCUUAUUGUUUGGAAUAUUAUCGCAAAUCUACCAACUGUAGUCGGCUUUGCGCCCUCAUCGCUUACUAUCCUACUACUAUCCCCGACACGCGAUCGCGAUUCCCGUUCUCGGUGCGGGUAUUGACCCAUCUGGCGGGCAGUACGGUGGACGUGGUCACCAUUCCGACGGUGAUCGGACUCCAGGGGAAGAAGCACCGCUCGACACGGCAGAUCAACCCGGGGAUCGGGACCGGGGAGAGGCUGCAGAUCGGAUGGCCCGCGUUCACGUAUGAGUCGGCACAGCCGGGCUUCGCGGAACAUGAUCUGGAAGAGUAUGAUCGGUUGGCGUCGGACCUGGCGUGGAGUCGCACGUUGGGGGUGCUGCGGAAGGCAUUCGGCAAGGACUUGGAUUUGGAGGCACGGUGGGAGGACCUCUUGGAGGCUCGUUUCUUCUCCAUGAACCUCAACUCCACGAUGGAGCCGUACCUCACUCACCUGAACCCCACGCUCACAUGCACGCCUACAAUGAGCGGCGCCAUCGGAACCCAUGCGCUGCGUCGGUUCUAUGAGCAACACUUCCUGCGCAAGCUGCCCCCGUCCAUGCGUCUGCGUUUGAUUUCUCGCACCGUCGGGGCGGACCGUAUCGUCGAUGAGCUGUAUUGCUCAUUCGAGCAUACGCAGGAGAUCCCAUGGUUGCUUCCUGGCGUUCCUCCGACGAACCGACGGGUGGAGGUCAUUCUGGUCAGCAUUAUGAGUCUGCGCGCUGGUCGACUGUACUCGGAGCACAUGUACUGGGACCAAGCCAGCGUGCUGGUCCAGGUGGGACUGCUGGAUCCGAAGCAGGUCCCCGAAGGUGCGCCGGAGGGCGUAGAUCGACUGCCAGUUAUUGGACGCGAGGCUGCUCGACGAAUUGUCGAGGAAGAUCCUGAGGCCGAGGGCCGGGACUACCACAAUCGGCUGAUCCGACGGGCGCGGGCCAAGAAGGGCAAAGACAAGGCUCCCGAGGAGUCAGGAACGGAACUCGCCAAGAGUGAUGCCGAGAAGCCCGUAGGCGAGAACAAGGGAAAGAAUGUCCAGCGGAAUGGGCAGCAGAAUGGCAAGGAAAGCGAUGGACUGGGCAAUGCGCAUGGAGUAGGCCAGGACGAAGACAGAGAGCACCAGGACGGCGCACCAAAGACCCCGACGGCUGCCACAGUCGAGGACACGAAAAGCGAUGACUGAAUCUCUUAUACCCUGAUUUACAAUCUACAUAGUUUCCCACCUGUUUGUACUAGCAGUAUCCCAUGAGCCCUAUAGCAUGAAUCCAUACUAGCAAUGCACCAUCACCACCCCUUCCACGGCACCCACGUCUCCCUCACCACAUCCUCCUCAUCCACCACAUAAUACACGAAAUGCUGCGCCGCCGUAAUGCACGCAUGCUGACAAUGCAACAGGACCUUUUGCC